AUGUGUCCGGAAGUUUGGACAUAUAAUUCAAAUUGCUUAUCGAGUUUUUUUUUUAUUUCAGUCGCAGCCAUAAUAGUGGCGUGCGCGAUUUCGUCGGUCUUGGGAAAAAAUAUACAGCUUAACGAGAAUGGCUGUCCCGCGGACUACAGAAUUGAGCAGCUAUACCCCCAUUCAAAUUGUAAUAUGUUCUACCAAUGCUUCCAUGGGGAACUAGUGGAACAUAAGUGUGCACACGAUCUCCACUUCAGUGUAGAGAAACAAGAGUGCGACUAUCAGAGUAAUGUUGAUUGUGGCGAUAGGCAUAUUCCUGAACCAGAAGACAGUGGAAAUGAUGGUGGAAAUGAUAACGGCGGAAACGACAACGGAGGAAAUGGCAAUGAUGGAAAUGGAAGCUGUAACUGCAAUCCAGGUGAAGCUCCAUCUAUCUGCGGUAAAGACGGUUCUGAUGGUGUAUUGAUUGCACAUGAGAAUUGUAACCAGUUCUACAAGUGUGCGUACGGAGUGCCCGUUGUUCAAAAUUGCCCUGGAAAACUUUUGUACAAUCCAUACAAAGAAUAUUGCGACUGGCCUGAAAAUGUAGAAUGUGGGGACAGAGUUAUCCCAGACGGAAACGAUAAUGACAACGAUGGAGGAAAUGACAACGGAGGCAACGACAACGGAGGCAAUGAUAACGGAGGUAACGAUAAUGGCGGAAAUGACAAUAAUGGUAAUGGAAGCUGCAAUUGUAAUCCAGGUGAAGCUCCCUCUAUCUGUGCUAAAGAUGGUUCUGAUGGCGUUUUGAUUGCGCAUGAGAAUUGUAACCAGUUUUACAAAUGUGCGCAUGGAGUGCCCGUUGUUCAAAAUUGCCCUGGAAAACUUUUGUACAAUCCUUACAAAGAAUAUUGCGACUGGCCUGAAAAUGUAGAAUGUGGGGACAGAGUGAUCCCUGACUGCGACGGCAAUGACAACGAUGGUGGAAAUGACAACGGUGGAAACGAUAACGGUGGCAAUGAUAACGGAGGUGAAGCCCCCUCUAUCUGUGCUAAAGACGGUUCUGAUGGUGUAUUGAUUGCACAUGAGAAUUGUAACCAGUUCUACAAGUGUGCGUACGGAGUGCCCGUUGUUCAAAAUUGCCCUGGAAAACUUUUGUACAAUCCAUACAAAGAAUAUUGCGACUGGCCUGAAAAUGUAGAAUGUGGGGACAGAGUUAUCCCAGACGGAAACGAUAAUGACAACGAUGGAGGAAAUGACAACGGAGGCAACGACAACGGAGGCAAUGAUAACGGAGGUAACGAUAAUGGCGGAAAUGACAAUAAUGGUAAUGGAAGCUGCAAUUGUAAUCCAGGUGAAGCUCCCUCUAUCUGUGCUAAAGAUGGUUCUGAUGGCGUUUUGAUUGCGCAUGAGAAUUGUAACCAGUUUUACAAAUGUGCGCAUGGAGUGCCCGUUGUUCAAAAUUGCCCUGGAAAACUUUUGUACAAUCCUUACAAAGAAUAUUGCGACUGGCCUGAAAAUGUAGAAUGUGGGGACAGAGUGAUCCCUGACUGCGACGGCAAUGACAACGAUGGUGGAAAUGACAACGGUGGAAACGAUAACGGAGGCAAUGAUAACGGAGGUAACGAUAAUGGCGGAAACGAUAAUAAUGGUAAUGGAAGCUGCAAUUGUAAUCCAGGUGAAGCUCCCUCUAUCUGUGCUAAAGACGGUUCUGAUGGUGUAUUGAUUGCACAUGAGAAUUGUAACCAGUUCUACAAGUGUGCGCAUGGAGUGCCCGUUGUUCAAAAUUGCCCUGGAAAACUUUUGUACAAUCCAUACAAAGAAUAUUGCGACUGGCCUGAAAAUGUAGAAUGUGGGGACAGAGUUAUCCCAGACGGAAACGACAAUGACAACGAUGGAGGAAAUGACAACGGAGGAAACGACAACGGAGGCAAUGACAACGGAGGAAACGAUAACGGCGGAAACGAUAAUAAUGAUCCCGGAAGCUGCAAUUGCAAUCCAGGUGAAGCUCCCUCUAUCUGCGGUAAAGACGGAUCGGAUGGAGUAUUAGUCGCUCAUGAAAAUUGUAAUAAAUUCUACAAAUGCAAUCAUGGUGUGACUGUUGUAAUGAAAUGUCCCGGAAACACAUUGUAUAAUCCUUAUAAAGAAUAUUGCGACUGGCCUGAAAAUGUAGAAUGUGGAGACAGAGUGAUCCCAGACGGAAACGACAAUGACAACGACGGAGGAAAUGACAACGGUGGAAACGACAACGGAGGCAAUGAUAACGGAGGAAAUGAUAACGGUGGAAACGAUAAUAAUGAUCCCGGAAGCUGUAAUUGCAAUCCAGGUGAAGCCCCCUCUAUCUGCGGUAAAGACGGAUCGGAUGGAGUAUUAGUCGCUCAUGAAAAUUGUAAUAAAUUCUACAAAUGCAAUCAUGGUGUGCCUGUUGUAUUUAAAUGUCCCGGAAACACAUUGUAUAACCCUUAUAAAGAAUAUUGCGACUGGCCUGAAAAUGUAGAAUGUGGAGACAGAGUGAUCCCAGACGGAAACGACAAUGACAACGAUGGUGGAAAUGACAACGGUGGAAACGAUAACGGAGGCAAUGAUAACGCAGGUAACGAUAACAGUGGAAGUGACAAUAAUGGUAAUGGAAGCUGUAAUUGCAAUCCCGGAGAAGCUCCAUCUAUCUGCGCUAAAGACGGUUCUGAUGGUGUAUUGAUUGCGCAUGAGAAUUGUAACCAGUUCUACAAGUGUGCGCAUGGAGUGUCCGUUGUGCAAAAUUGCCCUGGAACACUUUUAUACAAUCCUUACAAAGAAUAUUGCGACUGGCCGCAAAACGUACAAUGUGGAGACAGGGUCAUCCCUGACUGCGACGGCAAUGACAAUGAUGGUGGAAACGAUAACGGAGGUAACGAUAAUGGAGGUGACGAUAAUAAUGAUAACGGAAGCUGCAAUUGCAAUCCAGGUGAAGCUCCUUCUAUAUGCGGUAAAGACAGAUCAGACGGAGUAUUGGUCGCUCAUGAAAAUUGUAAUCAAUUCUACAAAUGCGCCCAUGGAGUGCCCGUUGCGCAAAAUUGCUCUGGAACACUUUUGUACAAUCCUUACAAAGAAUAUUGCGACUGGCCCCAGAACGUAGAAUGUGGAGACAGAGUGAUCCCAGACUGCAACGACAAUGGAAAUAACGGUGGAAAUGACAACGGUGGAAACGACAACAAUGACAAUGGAAGCUGCAAUUGUAAUCCCGCUGAAGCCCCCUCUAUCUGCGCGAAAAAAGAUUCAACCGGUGUUUUGAUUGCUCACGAAAUCUGUAAUCAAUUCUACACAUGCGAUCACGGUGUACCAGUCACGCAGAAAUGUCCUGGAAUACUUUUAUACAAUCCUCACAAAACAUACUGCGACUGGCCGCAAAACGUGAAAUGUGGAGAUAGAAUAAUACUACAUUGAUAAAUUCUAUAAAUUAAUCUUAUUGUACAAAAAUUUCGAACAAAUAUCGAUCCAAAUGUAGUUGUUGGCAAUUUAUAGUUUAUAAAAACUUUAGCUCAUACCAACAACGCUCUUUAAUGUAUAUGUACUUAAUUAUAAGCUUUAUAUUGAUAAUUUUCAUUUUUAGUAUUUAAUAACAUUACAUAUUAAA